AUGCUCGCCGCGUCCCUCACAGCGGCGCUGCUGGUGCUGACGGCGGCCCCCGCGCAGCCCGCCAACAUCCUGGCGCCCAUCUGGUUCCAGGCGAGGAGCCACUUCGCGGUGUACGAGCCGCUGUUGAGGGCGCUGGCGGCCCGGGGCCACAACGUCACCGUGCUCAGCCACUACCCCCAGAGGGCUCCGCUCGCCAACUACCACGACAUCAGCCUCGCCGGCAGUGCGCCCCUUUUCACCAACAACGUUCCAGUGGAGCUGGUGCUGGCGCUGAGCAGCCCUGCUGCCCUGAGCGCCUGGAUGUGGAGGAACGGCACGCAGCUGUGCCGCGACCUGUACGCCCUGCCGCAGGUGCAGCAGCUGCUGCGGUCCGCCGACCACUACGACCUCGUCAUCGCCGAGGUGUUCUUCGGCGACUGCGUGCUGGCGCUCGCGCACAAGUUCCGAGCGCCGCUCGUGGGCGUCAUCUCCUCCGUGGCUCUGCCGUGGGCGCACGACAGGGUGGGGAACCCGGAGCCCCCUGCCUACAGCCAGACGUACUUCUCCUCCGGCACGCCGCCCUUCAGCUUCUGGCAGCGGCUGGUGCACAGUGUGGGGCACGUGGCGGCCAGGCUGGGCUACUGGCUGUGCUCGGACCUCGAGGUGGACGCGGUGGUGCGCGAGGCGCUGGGGGAGGGCGUGCCGCCGACGGCGCAGCUGUCUCGCCGCACCAGCCUGCUGCUGGCCAACAGCCACUGGAGCCUGGGCCAGCCGCUGCCCGCAGUGCCCGGCCUGGUGCACGUGGCCGGCGUGCACAUCCGGCCGCCGCAGCCGCUGCCGCAGGAUGUGAAGAUGUUCCUGGACGGCAGCCCACAAGGUGCCAUCUUCUUCAGCCUGGGAUCGAUGAUCCAGUGCGAGUCCUUCGCCAAGGAGAAGCUGCGUGCCCUGCUGGACGUGUUUUCUGAGCUGCCCCAGCGAGUCCUGUGGAAGGUGAACGCGGCAUCCCUGCCUCCGCUACCGCCCAACGUGAUGGCCCGCUCAUGGUUCCCGCAGAACGACGUGCUCAAUCAUCCGAACGUGAGAGUGUUCAUAACGCACGCCGGAAUGCUGGGUCUGCUGGAAGCCGUCAACGCGAGCGUGCCCAUGCUCGCUAUCCCCUUCUUUGGCGACCAGCCGUCCAACGCAGCCACGGUGGUCGCAGCGGGCAACGCGCUGCAGCUGUCGUACGGAGACCUCGACUACCAAACGUUUCGAGACACACUCGGCGAGCUGCUAAACAACGAGAGGUACCGCGAGCGCGCCAAGCAGUUGUCGCAGCUGUUCCGGGACCGCCCCCGGCCGCCGCUGGAGGAGGCGGUGUACUGGGUGGAGUACGUCAUCAGGCACCGGGGGGCGCCGCACUUGAGGUCCGCCGCGCUGGACCUGGCCUGGUACCAGUACCUGCUGCUAGACGUCGCUGCCUGCGUGGUGGCCGUCGCUGUCUCCCUGAUGUUGGCCAUCUACUGGCUGCUGCGAAGAGUAAAAUACUUCAUUACGCGAGAAAGUGUGGACGGGCAGAAACUUAAAAUGAACUGA